UUUAAAUCACAGAGGGCAGACUAAUAAAGAUUAAGCAGUCAUGAGAUGCCGAAUGUGUAACAGUGAUAAACUCUCUAAAGAGUUUCCACCAGUUACAGUGAGCGAAAAAUGCCAACAUCCACCUCUUGUUUGUUUACAGUGCAUUCUGUCUUCAUCAGAUGGUCAUUGCCCAUCAUUGAGUUGUGAACAGUUAAUUCAAAUAGGCAGAAAAGAAUGGUUUCAAGCUAUCUGGGACAAACAGUUUGCAGAAUACAAGUCAACAGAUGUUUCUGUUUUUGAAACUAAACCUGGUGAGCAAAACGUUUUGCAUAUAACAGUUUUGAAUGGAGAUACAGCAGAAAUUGAAUUCAAUGACUCGUGGACGAUCAUGAGAUUGAUGACAGAGAUCAAGAAAACCAUGAAGUUUGACAUCAAUGAGCAAAGGCUUCUAUAUUCAGGAAAGGAACUUACAACAAAACUUCCUGAUUCAAAGCCAGCUACUUUAAAAGACUACUCUGUAAAACCAAAUUCAAAAGUACAGCUUGUUAAACUGCUUUAUGCAAUUCCACAGGACAUUGAUAAAGUAGUUUUUGAUUUGAAUUGGCAAUAUCCAAAUGAUACAGCUCUUUUGGAGGGAGCUGAAAAAAGAGAUUAUCUUGAUGCCUCAUGCUUAAUAUUUGAAGGAGAAACAUGUGUAAGAACGAUUGACUUUGUUCAAAAGAACCCUUUGAUGUUGGCCAUGUUAAAUAAACAUAAAGGCAUAAAGCAAAAAGAAUGGGGAGUGAAGCAUUCGGGUGAUCGCAUGGAUGACAGGAAAAGAAUUGGGCAUCACCUAAUUGAUGUGUCGAUUGAAGACAUUCCUAAAGAAGUCACCAACUUAUUCUUUGUUCUUAGUGCAUGGAAUGCUCCAACCAUUUCCAGGUAUCCAAACCCAAGUUUAAGUUUCUAUGAGAAGUCAAAGCCAGAGGCCAACUUGUGCAGUACAACGUUCACACAUGCCUCUGACCAUUCUGCUGUGGUCAUGUGUUCUCUUUCACGUUCAAGAAAUGGGUGGGUUGUAUACGAAAAUGGACAAACAUCAAAUGGAAAUGCCAAAAAAUAUGAUCCAAUUAAGCAAACAGUCCAAAAGCUUAUCCAAGAAGGCUUUUAAUCUGCAAAUUAUUUCUGAUAAAAAAAGGACACAAAACUUGGACAUUAAUGAUAUAUACAUGUAAGAUUUCAUAUGAGAAUUAUGUGUGCUAUCUUGACUUUAGUGAGUUAAAGUAAAUUAAUAAAUAAAAAGUGUUAUUUCU